UUGGCGCGUCACGUAUGCGAGAGAGUUUGCCUUGCCUAUAUAUCUCUGUUGAGGUGCACUAGCGUCGCGACGGUGCUUAUGGUGGUGGUAACCUUUGAAUUUUGUGGAGAGGGGUUGGUGUGUUCGGAUGGCGGCGCUCCUAGCGCGCAAGCCGAACUGGCGGACGCGGAUGCAGUUACGGGAGCGCAGCGCGACCCAACGCAAGUCGUAAACGCAUAUUCCAGCCGGAGUGGCAGGCAGCAAGGCAGCGAGGCUGGCUGGCUGGCUAGCAAGUCUCUCUCCUCCGAGUUGUGCGAUUUAAAAAAAAAAAAAUAAAUAAAUAAAACAAAAAAAAAAGUGUUAGUGUGCAUAUAUAUUCGUCAUAAAAAAAAUUGUCGAAAUCUUUUUAAAUUUCAAAAAAGGAGAACUGCGGUAAAAAUUCAAGGGUACCUGCCUUCUAAGAAGGAUAAAAAAAAUAGUGAAGUCUUUUUUUUUUAAAAAAGUGCAAAACUGAUAAACAAGUGAAGUGACACCCCCUCCCCUCCAGGUGGAAUAAUUUUUUAAGUGCUCACACUGCCUUUCUCGAUUAUUGUUAUCGAGGACUAAUCCCAAAUAUUUUUUUCCAUUUUUUUUUUUGCCGGCAUGAGAUAAGGAUUGCAUUGGUCUCCACGCGGUUCUCCAGAUUUUCGCGGUACAGUGACCUUGGGGCAUGCAUUCGUGAUAGUUUGUUUUCGAAUCUUUUUUUUUUUUUUCCUUUUUUUGGGUGCCAACCGGAGGAGCUUUAAUAAUUUAAAAAAAAAAGUGAAGUGGAGCAAAUAAGUUGGAAGAUUCUGUUUGAAAAAAGAAAAAAAAGAAAUUUCUUUUUUUUUGGGACAACGACAGGGCCAUUUUCUUGGGAUCCUCGAGCGACGGUGACGACAGUGAGUAAUUCUGGUUUGGUAGUAUAUUGCCUAUGUGAAGAGAGGUGCACGCCUUCAUACAAAACGUUCCUUCAGGAGAUACGCGGGGCAAGUUGUAUCGCGAGGAGAAAAAGACAAGGAGCACUGGUUGAAAUUCAUAUUUGCAAGAGAAAGAAAGAUAGAGAAAGAGAGAGAGAGAGAAGCCGCCGGCGAUAGAGCGCAAGCGUGCACGUGUGUGUGCGUUGUACUGUGUGUACAUAUACUAUAUAGUGUGGAGGACAAGCCGCCCCUACGUUAACCACCCUUCCACCCUCUUCCUCCCACCAUCAUCAUUCUGCCACCGUCGUCUUUUCCCUCUCUUUUCCUAGCGUCGACGAAACGACAACGACAACCAUCAACCCCUCCUGGCGCAUGUUACGUCACGCGUGACGUCACACACAAACUUCUCCCCCAAAAAAAAAAAUCAAAUCGUACAUCGAAAAAAAAAACACACACAUAACUGAGGGAAGAAAAAAAAAAUUUCUUGUAAAACACGCACUUGUGCCCCCAAAAAGAGAGGAGGGAACGAAAAACGAGAGAAAGAGAGAGGGUGAGAGAAAAACGAAAAUCAAGUCAUAUCCACGCGGGAACACGAGACAAGGACUAUAUAUAUAUAUAUAUACAACACCUGAAGCCGGACGACGCAAACACACAUCCUAAGAUGUGAUUUCAAAAAUGGCGGAUUGCCCCUAUGCCCGCUGCAUACAGGAACGCAGACACAUACGAAGGGAACUGCUGCGAUGGACAAAGAAUAUGGUCUUCGUAGUCGGUCUGGAGCGGGUAGCGGAGGAGUUGAUGGGCCGUAGGAGAUGGAAGCAAUACCAGGACACCCUGUACACCGGGACUCGCAGCGAAUCGUCAACGACGACAACAACAACGACGACGACGACGCAGCAACAACAACAACAACAAGCCCUUCAUCAGAGGCUAUAUCCAACUGUAACAACAGGUUGCAAUAUCGAUGCAGCGACAUUAAAUCAGGUGUCCCACCUGCGUCCCCAGGUGUUGCCAGCUCAAAUAAAACAGGAGCUGCUUGUUCCGAAAAUCCUCUCGAAUCAUCAUUCCACACAGGAGGAUCAAUCGGAUCAUUCAGAGCAACGGGAUCAGGAGGAAUUGCAUCGCGUCAAGCUCGAGCUCGAUCAUACCGAGAGUGGAAUAGUCACCAACAAUACCAACUCAAUCAAGAGACGAGUUCGUGGAGACGACGAGAACGGCAACAAAGAGGAAGCCGAGGACGAGGCGGAAAAGAGACUCAAGCCCAAUCAGGAGAACGACAAGUCCUCCAAUCACCUCAACGAAAACGAUCGAACCUCCAGGGACGAGGAUCCGACCAAACCCAACGAUACGGAAGGGACCAAGGAACGGAUAGAAGGAGUCGCGUUGGAGCGAAUACAAGUGACACAGGGUUUGUUGAGGGUAAAAAAAGAGGAGGAACUACAGGAGCCAGGAAUUCAUGGGAAUUCAACAUCAGUGACAAACAAUUCGAUCAAGGAGACGGAACUGAAUUCAGAGAACGUGUUCCUUGGAAAUCGGAGAACGAGCCCACCACCGGAAGAUUGGAAGCCAUUGGACAAGUGUUACUUCUGUCUCGAUGGCAAGCUGCCACACGACGACCAGGCGCCCCUUAGUCCUCAGAGUGACAGCAGUAGUAGUUCACGAUCAGCUGAGUCUCCGAUGUCAGUUCAGGUCGACCCCAUGGCGGCAUCAGUGGUAGCAGCCGCUCUUGGCACCUAUCCAACAUUACUGCCACAAUGGUGUCUACCACCGAGAGAGGCACCCCACGUCAACAUGCAAGCACAUCAGGAUAAUGCCUCAGGAGUCGAUCAGCCCCUCGAUCUCUCGGCCAAGCCCAAAAUUUCUCAGAAGAAUCAUCGUCGUUUUCAGGACAACAAUUUAUCUUUGUUGGAACAACAAAAAAUACCUCUGCGAAUGCCAGCGGGCCUCGAUCCCAAGACGAUAUUCAAUUCGUGUUAUCGGGCGAAACCAAGGCUGACGGGUACAACGGGUGCAGGAGGUGUUGCAACGGUUGGAGCUGGCGGUGGUAGAAGAACGUACACCGAGGAGGAGCUGCAGGCAGCCCUGAGGGAUAUACAGAGCGGAAAACUAGGGACCCGUAGGGCAGCUGUGAUCUAUGGAAUACCGAGGAGCACACUGCGCAACAAGGUCUACAAACUUGCGAUGGAAAAGGAAAGGGACGCGUCCCUUACAAGCACCAUUUCACACCCUCACGAGUCUUGCGUUCCAGCCACGAUCACGAUUACCACCUCCACAACAACAACAACAACAACAACUACAACACCAAAUACGACCCAAAAUGCAUCUGCAACCACUCCGCCCUCGCAAGUGGAUGAGCCGGACGAAAAGGAGCUUUCGGGGGCCGAGGAGGAAAAGGAAGUGGAGAAGGCACUGCUGAAACCAUUGCUAUCUCUCGAGGACCUGGUCAGGUUUUCAGCCCUCGAAGGAAGCGGAGGAGAUUCUUUGAGGACUCUUCUGCAAAGAGGACAGGAAGCAGGAACUGAGUGGCCUGGUUUCGAGCACGCGAACAUUGGUCCAUACAUCCAAAAGAUGUUGGCUGCCGCUACACCCUUCAAAGGACUCGCAGAGACGCAAGACUAUAGAAUUCCAGAGGUGAUGAGGAGGUUGAUGAGCGAGGACAAGAGACUGAGUAAAGAUGUGAAUGGUGAUCAUUCCGGUCAUCAUCAACAGCAAAAUCAGUCUCAGCAGCCAAUAACAAAUGAUGAUUUUAAUCCAAGUAUCGAGGAAGAGGCGAAUGACAGCGCUCAGGGCAGAGCCAUAUUAAAAAUUCCGUCCUACAAACCGGCGAAUGCGCCGGGUUCUAGUAAGAAUGGCGAACCAAACUCAGCUGCGUUUGCUCAGGGCUUCGCUGCAGGAAGUGGCGGCGUUGCCGGAAGUCCCGGUUUGAUAGAGCGCGCGAGUCCCGCAUUUUCCGGUACCAGUAGCCCUACGAAUUCAUUGGUUGGCAAGGGCGUCGGUGUUAACUUCCGGGAUGUUAUUGCAAAAAGUAUCAGCGUUAAAUUCCAAGAGGGUCAAUCGCCCGGUGGAAUUGCAGGUCAAGUCGUUCAGUCGCCUCAUUCAAUAAUAAACGAGUCGAAUCCAUUUAAAAGGGGUCGAUAUACACCGCCUCAGCAACCACAGUCGCAGCAAAAGUCGUCCCAGUCGCAAGAUAAAAACAAACCCGGAACUGGAGGCAAGGGCACGAGACCAAAACGUGGCAAAUAUCGAAACUACGAUCGAGAUAGUCUUGUUGAGGCUGUGCGCGCCGUGCAGAGAGGCGAGAUGAGCGUUCAUCGAGCUGGAAGCUACUACGGAGUUCCUCAUUCCACUCUCGAGUACAAAGUCAAGGAGAGGCAUCUCAUGAGGCCACGAAAGAGAGAUCAAAAGCCACCCGAGGAUAAGGCGAAGGAGACGACAACGACGACAACAACAACGGCUGCAGCAACAAUGAGACCUGGAGCGACAGACAAGAAACCGCCUCUGAAACCUCAGAAACCGUUCACACCCCCGGGAGGAAUGCCAGGUCCAAACGGGAUGAAAAUGCCGCCAUUCAUGGAAGGUAUGCCUCCGAUUCCGUUUCCUCAUCCGUACAAUUUUUGGGGAUCGACGCCAUUUAUGCCAUCGCCUUUUAUGGGCGGGGGACCCAACGUUCCGGGAAUACUUUCCGAGCAGUAUUUCGCGACUCAAAGGAUGCGAGGACUUCAGGAACAACAGCGAAAUGCAAUCGCUCAGCAUCGGGAUAGAGAAGGCGGAUCAGCGGAGCCGGGAACGUCAAACUCGCGGGGUUCCUCAAUUGUGAAAUCAACGCGAGAAAUGGCCGAGAGUCUGUACGAUGGUACAGGGGCGAACGGCAGCUUCCUGGACAAUCUGAUAAGAUCGAGUCUUGAGACGGGUAUACCAAGGGACCAAAGGGCGAUGGUCGAAGCAAGAAGUCAACAGCAACAGCAAACGGCUUCGCAACAUCAUUCCGAUGCUCUCAGUAGUAAAUCGCUAAUCGAUCAACUCUGCAGGAACUCGAGACGAACGCCCCUGCCGAGAAUGACGCAAGACAGCAGCGAGGACGAAAGCUACAGGAGUUCGAGCGGCAGGUCGAUACCCGAUCGACCUGAGCGCGUGCCAACUGUUGAUUUGAGUCCAUCACCUUCCGAGCGAGGUCGGCCCGACGAUGGCAGCGAUCGUCUCACCUCGCCACCAACUCCUCUCCCAGUUUCCAGGGCGAGCAGCAGGGACGACGAUCGUGACUCGAGGAUCGAUCGAAGCAGUAGGGAGCGCGAGGUCCACAACGGAGGACAGGAAGACCGGGAGAAAAAACAAUCGCUGAAUCACUACCCGGACUUACACAAUCUCUAUGCCGUUUCAACUGACAAAAAAAGUGCCUGUGAUAGUAAGCUUAUAGUAGAUCAUUCGAGCCAGAAGACUCAGCAACAACAGCAGCAGGAGUACGCGGCCGUUAGUGGUCUGGUGGUGCAAUUGCAAAGGGGAUAUAAUUCCGGUACCAACAGGUCCAGUGAUCAACCUCCCAACAACCAGCCACAGGAGCAACGCGGCUCAGCGGUGCUCAUGGAAGACUCUGUAGAGCAGUAGAAGUCAGUAUCUUCUCGUAAAGUAUACAGUUACAAAAACUACAGUAACUACAAUAAACCAGUACAGUAAAUUCCCCCCCAAUCACCCUUUGCCCCCCCCCAAAACCUCCAGAGGCUCGCCAAUCACUUCUCGAACAUCAUAGGACGAGGAUUCUAUCUAUCAUUCCUUCUGCACUUAAAUUUCAAGUGCUUCGAUCACUGGCCAGUAUCCGCGAGCAGAUAGACUUCGCAGAAUCCUCGUCAGUGAUUUUUCCCCUCAUCUCGUUUCUUUACUUUCGCUUUUUCUUUUAUCAAUGAAAAAUUAUACUUUAUCGAUUACUAAUUGGGAAUGUUUUUGAAUCAAAACCACAAUCGAUUUUUCUCAUUUUUAAUCGGGAGUUUUCAUGAAAAAAUUGUAAUUUUUUAAAAUGAUAUAAAUAUUUCGUUGGUAUUAUUUAUCCAAAAAGUUUUCAGGAUAUUUAUGAAUUUAAUAUUUCGAAAUUUUAUUGCCUAUAGAAAUGUCAGGUUGAUUAUGAAAAAUUAUUUACUCAAAAUUAAACAUUUAUUACAUCAAAUCACAAAUUGUGUGACUUGUUCAUUUUUGGAAAUAUCUAUCAACGAAUUGAACAAGUAUUUUAAAAACUAUUAGCGUUGAAAGUUUUAUUUUUAAAUUAAAUAAUAAAUAUUAAUUUAAAGUUAAAAAAUAUUUGAAAUAUCAUAUCUACCCAAUAAAAUGAAAAAAAAAUUUUUGAUGAAAACUCUCUAUUAAAGAUAAUAAAAAUAGGAAUUUUUCGUCUACAUAAUUAAUAUACAAUAUUUAACAUUCGUCAAUUUCGACAAAGGGAAAAAAUUUUCUACAAUUAUGCAAUUCUAUCGGAACUUGAAUUUAUUCUGAUGUCAUUUGAAUAAUAGUUUUUGCAAAUUUCAAAAAACCAAAGGAAUUCGAAAGUGAAACGAAUGAAGGUAAAUCACAUCAGUUGAUCGAGAGUGAUUUGUACUCCUUUAAAUCCCCUCCCCGUCUUAAGCUUCAACGUCUCGAGGCAAGAAAUCAAGUGCAAAAACGAAAGCGUACGCGAAAUGCUUACACACCACCGAACCAAAAACCACUGCGAUCCCACUAGUAAAUACGCCGCGAGCUCAGACUUUGGGGAGAAUCUUUUAGAUUUUCCACAAGUCAACGCGGUACGACUCUUUCGAUUAUGGGCAAUGUUUACGAAAAGGAAAAAAAAAAAAACAUUAAAAAAAAAAAGACAAGGAAUAUUCGAGAACCUACACUCAAUAAAUGUUAUUUACAUUCUACAGAAAUUUUGUUCAGACUUGACAUCCAAGUUACAAUCUGUUUAUAUACAAAUUGAACAAAUUUCUGUAUUGACACACAGACAAAAUACUCACACAUAACACGAUCCUAAACGAUCAUCCCAACACGAUUUGUAUACUGUAACCCUUUUACCUGAGGUGCCCUGAAUUAUCCAAAAAAAAAAAACGACCACAAAACUGGUAAAUAAUUUAGGUAGCAAAACAAAAAAUGAAAACUUUGGCGCGCAUGCGACCUUAAAUCAUUCUACCUACAAAGGGCAGAUAAAAUAAAUUAACAACAUAUUUUUUUCUCUAUCAAUGUAAAAUUACCUAACGUAAACUUACCUACUAUUAACAUUACUUAACUUUUAAGGAAGCAACAUAAUUAUAUAAGAAUAAUAUAUUAUAUAUAUACAUAUAUUUUUGGUCAUUACGAAAAAAAAAAAAAAAAAAAAGAUUAGCGACGAUGAUAAUGCGAGCCAAGACUUUUGUUGGCGCGCGAGGCGUUUUUUCACAAGGCGACAAUAUUCUCUGAUAUCUCAGUUUUUCAUGACGAUCUUUUUAAAACGGAUCUUCGCGUCCCAAAGUUUUUAAAAUAUUCAAGACUCCUCUAAAGUCGACGAAUUCACGUCUCGCGAAGUUCCAAAAACAAAAAAUAAGUAUACUCUCUUAUUAACUUACAAAAAGUCCAACUCGUGUUCCUUUAAGUAAAGACUGCGUAGAAAAAAAUAGAAAAGGAAAUUUGUAAAAAUGGGAGAAAAGCUAUAAAAAGAAAAGAAACUUCCAUUAAAAAAAAAAAAUCUUUUUUUUUUUUAUAAAAAUGGAAGAAAAUUGCACAAAUUUGAAAAACGCUCCAAAUUUAUUUACAAAAAGAAAAAAAUUUUACUGUUUUAGAAUUGAAAAAAAAAAUUUUUUGGUCUGUUAUAUAUGUAUAAAUUAAUGGGAACGUUUUUUGAAUUAGUGUCUCUGUUUUGUACAUAUCCUUUUUUCUUAAGUUAUGGAACUAUCGUGAUUUUAAUAUUUACUUGACGAGUUUAAAAGACGGCGAAUGAGGAUGUGUUUUAAUCAUUGACGUGUACGCUUAAACUAAUUGUGAUUUCCUCGUCAUUUUUUUCUUUUUUUUUUUUUAUACCACGUGAAUUUGUCGACAGAGGAUGCGCUACUGUUCUUACUGAACUAAUGUCGCGCUAAGGUGUAAAUUAUGGAAAAAAAUGAAAAAAUUAAAAAAAAAAAAAAUAGAUCACAGCCACGAAAUACUGAGAAAAAAGAAUUAAAUUAAAUCUAGACGCGCGCUCUCAAUAAUUCCGGAUCUCCUGAUCAGUUUUCUUACACGUUAAAAGUCCACUUUUUGAUACGAAUGCAAGUUUUCUACCAUAGCACAAGCGCGUAUACCGUUCUUUGAAAGACUAUUUAAACACUUCUUUCCCACUGAUUCACAUUUUUCAGAGAAUUGCAAUUAAUUUUUCUUAUUUUGUCAAUUAUUUUUCAAAAAUUUUCUUUUAUAUUUCUUUUUUUGACAAAAGUAACUUUUAUACAAACAAAUUGAAUCUAAAAACUAAUUUUAAAAAUUGACGAUAUUUUUUUAAAUAAAAUCAAAAUGCUCAAUUUUUCUUUUUAUAAAUUCUUUUAUUAUUAAAUGAAAUCAAUUUUCAAUUUUUAAUCUAUUUUAUUUUUACAACUAUUUCAUUUUAAUAAAUAGAAAUAUUUUUUAUUAAAAAGAAAUUAAUUUUCAUGUAGGUGAAAAAUAAUUUUCAAUUAAUGUGUAAAAGUAAUUGGCAAACAAGAAAGAUUGGGUUGUAAUUCUCAUGUUCCUCUUAACCGGAAUUAAUUGAAACAAUAAAAAUGGGGUGCUCCGCAAUUAGAUAGACGCGCGCUUUAAGUUAUACGAGUGGCAAAACAAAAAGUCUGAAACGCUGUAAAAUUCCCGUUGGACCAAAGAGCGACAGAAGUAAAAUGGGGAAAUAGGGAAAAAAAAAAAAAUUCGACGCGUAGAAAAGUUUCGCUAGGAUUAAAAAUGAAAAAAAAAAAGAAAAAUAUAUUAGAAAAAAAAAUUGAGAUCGGAAUGGUUCUGUACCGAACAGGGCAGAUCGAAUAGCGUAAUCGCGACAACAACGGAUUUGAGAAGAUUUAAAAAAAAAAAAAAUUGAAAAAGAAGCUGUUUUUCUGUUUUACGUAUAGUGAAAAAUCGACGCACUCAUCAUUGACUCUUAUACGACUGAAACUUUAGGCUGUACAUAACGUAAGGCAUGUAUGUUCGGUGUUAAAAAAAAUUCCUUACUAUGAAAAAAAAAAAAAUUAUAAUACGAAAAAAGCAUAUUAAGGCAAGGCUACUCUCUCGAUGUUUUGGACAUAAACUAAAUUUACAUAUUUAAAUGAAAACAAAAAAAAAAAAAGCGCAAGUUAUUGAGUGUAAACGUUAAGGUCUCUUAGGGUUAAAAAACAAUUUUAACAGAAAACUAAAGCAGCAAAGCAGAACAAGCACUAAUCAUGAUUGUGUGUAAACGUAUUUAAAAAAAAAAACUCCCCGCGAGAAAACAAAAUAACUCACUUUCGGUGUAUUCUUAAAAAAAAACUUCUUCAAAUACCUUGGAAAAUGCUCUUUAUUCUAAAUGUUCAUCCGGGUGUAUUUCGAGAAAAAAAAAAAAUGUUAUUAUACACACACACGUACCCUGUAAACUAACCACCUCUUAUUCUUGACCUUUACCUAUUUACCUGUACCCGCAAAAAAAAAAAACCCUUCUGGCCCUCUUCACCCUAAAGCCUAAAAACUUUUAAGGAACAAAUUUAACGUUAGAUGUGAAAAAUCAUAUUAUUGUACGGAUGAUAUAUCGCUAUCAUGAUUGUCGUUAUUAAUUACGAUUACGAUUCGUUGCGACGAUCGGUGCAGUACUAUUUAUAACAUAAGUCGGAUCCAUGACGGUUCACCUUUUCGUGACUUUGUAGAAUAUUUUUUUCUUUACAAAAAAAAAAAAAUCAUAAAUUUUCUCACUCGGAAUAGUUUUUCUUUUCUAAAACAAUGAAAAUUUCUUUAAAUCAAGAAACAUUAAUAGAAUUAUUUUAAAAUUGAUACACGAUUGAAGAAACGUUUCUUUGAGUUAAAGAAAUUUUUGUUUCAAUUCAAAAUUUUCUCUUUUUUCAUCGAAUAUAACAAAAAAAAAAAAAAAUGUAAUUCUUUCUAUUAAAAAAAUAAAAACAAUAUUCCGAGUGCGAAAUGAAAACUUGAAAAGUUUCAGUAAACCUUCCAUUUUACCUGAAACUUUUUGGGAACCGAAAUUUUUCAAGUUUUUAAAAAAUUUUGAAAAGAAAAAUUUCUACGGCGCCUUAGUAACUUGAAUCCAGAAGUUGAUUAUUGUAUAUAUAAUAUAUAGAAAAUAAAAGAAAGGAGCAGAAAUCGAAAUCAAAAUUCAGUUUUCAGUUAGGAAAACUUCUGGUAUAAGAAUGGGAAAUUCCAAGUUUUUUUUUUUUUUCAACAAAAAUUUGGUUCUUUGAAAGACAGUCGCGAUAUAGUGAUUGUUUUUGCUUGAAUCAAAACAAUAAAAAAUAAAAUGUUUUUUUUUUCGGAAAUUGGAAUAUAAAAUAGAUAAGCGAAUUCUUAGUUUUUGCCAAUUCGAUCCCUCUCUUUUCCAAUCAAUCUUUCAAACAAGAUAAAAAAUUGUUUUAUUUUUCAAUAUCGUAAAACUCAAAAUAUCUAUUUUCAAUAUCUCCUCUCUCUAUAUAAUCAGAUAAGAAGCAAUUUUGAUUUUCAAAAAGUUUAUAUCUAUUUUUAUUCGACAAAAAAUUUUAAUUAAAAAAAACAUUUUUUUCUGAAAUAUAUUUAUUUUUAUAUCUAUUUUUAUUAUUUUAUCAAAUUAAUUUUAUAAUUUUUAAAAAUGUCUUUUUCAGGAGAAUUGUGAAAGGAAUUUCUUUAUUAUUAAAUAUUAUGAAGAAUUGAAGUUUUUUGGUAUUGUGAAAGUUGAGGAUUUUGAUAAGGUUGGUUGGAAAAGAAUAAAGUCGGUUCGAUAUUUGAAAGAAUAAGAAAAGAACUUGAAAUGGAAAUUCAGCGAGGUCACGUUUGUAAGGGACACUGUCGAGUUCCGGUUUUGCAGGGGAGGUGAACAUUCGGUUGAAGCGAAGAACUCAUUAAAACUUAUAGUUACUCAAACUCUCAACAGUGGCUUUUAAAUACGUUUAUUUAGUACUUCAAAGCCAACAAAAUUCUCAUUUAAUUCAAUACUUUUGGAAUAAUAUGAAAAAAAAAAAAAAAAUUUCCUUGACAAAAUCGUGAUAGUAAUUUGGAUCAAGACACAAAUUGCGAUAUUUGACACUCAAUUUAAUACUAAAUUUAAUUUCGUAAAAUUCAAUAUUGAGAAAAUAAAAUUCUGAAAAUUUCAGAUUUGUUUCGAUAUUAAUUUAAAUGUUUUCUAUUUUAUUUUCAUUUUAUUUUAUUAAUAAUAAUAAGUCUAUAAUUAAUCAAUAUUAAAUUUUUUAAUUAAAUAUUUAAAAGUCAGAUAUCAAAAUUUCAACUAUUUGAAAAAUAUUCUCAAAAGAUAUUUGAAAAAAAAAAUUAUGAGAUUAGAAAAAAAUCGAAUUGAAAUAAAAAAAGUGAAAAACCGAAUGCACCUCCUUUGGCAUAUCACGAAUAAUUCACUAAAAACUGAUCCGGCGAAAUGAAUUAGUCGAAAGAGGGAAGGGGGGAAAUUUAAGAUUAGAUGAAAAUAUAUUAUAUUAAAAUAUCUGUGAUGUAAAAAAGUAACAAAAUUUUGAUGUAUAUUUUUCACAAGAUAUUGUAAUCCAGCUAGUGUAUAUUAAAAAUUACGAUACUAUUGUAAUUAUACGAGAUACGAGACAAAAUAAUUAAAAGAUUACGAGACGGGGUCCACACCGGGUGGUCAUACGGGACCAAGAUGGCGGGCAUCGCUUUGAAAAGUCGGGCCCAAUGAUUCCUGUUUUUUUUUUUCCAAAAAAAAUUUCAUUUUGAAGACGGAAACAAAAAAAAAAAUAUUUCGAUUUUCAUGUUAUACUGAACUUUAGGUUCAGCAUUUUAUAUCUUUUUUGGUAUGUUUAUCGUUUUUGAAAAAAAAAAAUAAAAUAAAUAAAACUGGAAGAUUUGGUCCGAUUAGCCCUGAAACGGCUCAAUGUCAGCUACCUCACAGUGUCGUCACGUUUGGUAUGAUUCAAGCAUGACGGAAAUAAACCUUGAUUACCGGGAUGACCCACAAAAUUCGAUUUUUUUUUUUCAUUUUUAUCUCUUUUUUAAUUUUCUUCUUUUUUUCUUUUCUACUUUUUCUUCUUUUUCUUUUCUGCUUUUUUAAAUAAUUAUUAUUUCUUUUACAAAAAAAAAAAAAAAGUUGGAAGUUUAAAAAAAAUUUUAUUUUAAUUCAAUUUUUGAUUUGUUUUAUAGGGAAAAAUUUUAUGGAUCAUCCCCAAGAUCCAACAUCGGUUGAAGAAGGUCUAAGCAGUUCCAAAUUGUGCCUAAGUUUUGAGAUUACGUUUUUUACGACUCAGCAAAACGAAAACGAUAGACGCAAAGUUUAGUUUCAAGCAAAAAAGAGAAAAUAAAAA